UGGGAUAGAUGAAUAUUAGCAACUAAAGGUUACAUGAUAUUAAAACUAAUUCAUAAUGGUAUAAAUAGCCUGGCCGUAUAGCGUAUGGUUUUGUGUCAUGGAUGAGACCUUACCCAACCUACCAAUUAAUCUCCCUAGAGAAGAAAUAUUCUUCCUUUCUGUGUUUCAUAUUGAUUUGGCCUUUCCUUGUAAGCUAGAAGUUAUUUUAGAUUCACUCAUUAUGUGUAAAGUAAUUAAGAUUCAACAAAGAAAAAUAGUAAACAAAUCUCUCUCUCUCCCUCUCCCUCUCAACUCUAAUUUGCCUACAUAAAGAGUUAGCUCCAAGCCAAAAUAACAUGACAAAUAAUAAGCAAACAAAUAAAGGAAAAAGAGGAAAGAAAUAGAAAGAAGAACAUGCAGAGAGCAUGCAUCUAUGAUAGUCAGCCAUGGCACCUCCAUGUCGUAUGCAUCAUAGGCUUUCUCUAUCUCCUUAGACUAUUCUUUCCUCUCUUGAAAUGGUUCAUCACAAGAUUCCUCCUCACAAACCCGAAGCGGCUCAAGAGUUACGGUUCGUGGGCUUUGGUCACUGGAGCCACUGAAGGGAUCGGACGCGCCUUUGCCCACGAGCUGGCCAAACACGGCCUUAACCUCAUCCUAGUCAGCAGAAACCUUUCUAAGCUUGAAGCUCUGUCUAAUGAUUUCGGACAAGAGUUUCCCCACAUCAAGAUCAAAAUCAUUCCAUUUGACUUCUCAUCUGGAGGAGGAUAUAAUGUAAUCGAGGAAGGGAUCAAAGGCGUCGAAGUGGGGAUUCUGAUAAACAACGUUGGGAUAACUUACCCACGAGCUAUGUUCUUCCACGAGACUGACCAACUCACAUGGACCAAAAUCCUAAAGGUUAAUCUUGAAGCAACCACAUGGCUCACACGAUCUCUCAUCCGACCAAUGCUUCAACGUCGCCGAGGAGCCAUCGUCAGUAUUAGCUCCGGCGCCGCAGUUGUGGUCCCUUCUUAUCCUCUCUGCGCCAUCUACGCCGCCACCAAAGCUUAUAUUGAUGCACUAACAAGAUCCCUACAUGUGGAAUAUAAGAAGUUUGGUAUUGAUGUCCAGUGCCAGGUGCCGUUAUACGUGGCAACCAGGAUGGUGUCGGAAGUAGCAGCUAUACAUAAACCAAGCUUCUUUAUACCGACGCCGGAAGUCUACGCAAAAGCGGCGGUGGAGCAGAUCGGAAUUGGAUCACGUUGCUCGCCGUUUUGGGCUCAUUCCCUUCAGUGGUUUUUUCUCGGAUUUGUGCCAGAUUACUUCAUUAAUGCUUGGCGUCUCUCUUUCGGACUUCGUCGAAGAAGUUUAUCUUAAUUUGCUCGUGAUUCCCACUAGGUACUAGUGGUCCGUGUGCUACCAUGCUGAAUAAUUUUUAAUAAGUUAUUGCGAAAAAAGUAAUAAUUGUGUUAUGUGGAAAUUAUGUGUGUUUAAAAUACCAUACAUCCGUGCGGAGUUAUGCAUGGUUGUCAACUUGUCACUUUUUUUUUUUUUGGUAAA